CUCUUACUUCACUUUACAUCCUCCUUCGUUUCAAAUUUCAUUCCUCUUUUACAUUCAUCCCAUCGACACAUUUUUUUUGUUCAUUCGGACAACCAGCAUAUACCAGGACAACAAAGAUAUACCAAAGAUAAAGGACACCGAGGGAAUACGGUUGCAAGCACGGGGUAUCAUCAACAGUCGGACAAAGCAAAUAGCGAACAGGAACAAGGGACAGAAGAAUAGAACCAUGACGGCGAUGCCUCCACAGAGCUCAAUUGCCAACUCGGCGCCGCUCAGCAUUCUCGCCUACUGUUCAUCCAGUAUUCUCAUGACUGUAACCAACAAGAUGGUGCUCUCCCAGUUCGACUUUAAUAUGAACUUCUUGCUGCUCGCUAUCCAGGCAGUGGCUGCAAUCUUCCUGCUCUUGGUAUUCAAGAGAUUGAAUCUGAUUACAUUUCGCCGACUGGACAUUAACGAGGCCAAGAAGUGGUUCCCGAUCUCUCUUGCCCUUGUGGCCAUGAUUUACACCGGAAGCAAGAGUUUACAGUUCCUGAGCAUCCCGGUGUACACGAUCUUCAAGAACUUGACCAUUAUCUUCAUAGCGUACGGUGAAGUGCUCUGGUUCGGGAGCAAGGUCACCCCCCUAAUGCUCUUGAGCUUUGCCUUUAUGGUACUCUCCUCGGUGAUUGCAGGAUGGUCAGAUAUCAGCUCUUUUGUACCUAAGGACCCCGCGGAACUGGUUCAGAUCAACCCAGGAUAUUUCUGGAUGGCACUCAACUGUCUUUCAUCUGCAGGAUAUGUGCUCUACAUGCGUAAGAGGAUCAAGCACUUCAACUUCAAGGACUUCGAUACGGUCUACUACAACAAUUUGCUGAGUCUGCCCGUCAUGUUGAUACUCAGCUUUUGUCUCGAAGGCUGGACAUCAGGUGCGAUUGAAAGGACUUUUACUCCGGAUGUUCGAUCUGCACUCAUUAUCUCCAUGCUACUCUCGGGCGUCUCCUCCUUCUUGAUCUCCUACGGCAGCGCUUGGUGCGUCCGCUGCACUUCAUCAACGACCUACUCCAUGGUCGGCGCACUCAACAAGCUGCCCGUUGCGGCCAGCGGCAUCCUGUUCCUUGGCGACCCCGCGACCUUUGGUAAUGUCUUUGGCAUCUUUUUUGGCUUUGUUGCAGGAUUGCUGUACAGCUACAGCAAGACGGAUCAGGCACAGCGCAACUUUGCCCUUGCGAACGGAUCGUCGCUUUCGACAGCAACAAAGCCAGAGAUCCCAGAUACAGUAACGGCCUCGGGCGGUGGCGAUGCAGUGAUCGAGCUGAGCACACCGGCGUCGCAUCCCUCAAAGUCGACGGGUCUCCCUCUUUAUAAGAGCAAUCCUGAUGGUAAAAUGGCGGAUUAGGAGGGCAUUUUUCGCACUUGGUCCAUCUGUAUAUAGAUUCAAUAUUAUAGCUUCGUUGUUCAUCCACAUAUACGACAUAUACGGUACAAUUCCACCAAAAAAAAAA